GACGGAAAAAAGAAGAACUUCCGUUCAGCAACCUUUUAUACGAUUUAUAAACGUGACAAAAACUUAACACAGACGAGAACACUUGUAUUGUAGUAUAAGCGAUCACAGUAAGUGCUUUUUUUCGUCGGAAACCAAAACGCGGUGGCAACAAACAUAAUUUAACCCAUUCAGACCUUAAACGCCAAUUUUGACCUCUUCAAGGCGCGCCAAGAGGUGGCGCUGAUGCGAGCACGUAUCUAACAAUCGCCACCUCGCAAUUUCGAUCUAUAAUCGAUUAUUGGAUCUAUAAUCACGUUUGUGUGUGUGAGAGGGAGUAAGAGAGAUGUGGGUGUUUUACCUGAUCUCGCUUCCUCUAACAACGGGAAUGGUGCUUUUCACGUUGAGGUACUUCGCUGGUCCAGAUGUUCCUAGAUACGUGCUUUUCACCGUUGGAUAUACUUGGUUCUGUUCUCUUUCCAUUAUCAUUCUCGUCCCUGCUGAUAUUUGGGCGACGAUAGCUUCUCACAAUGAGAAUGGAGGCAUUUCUUUCUUUUGGAGCUGGUCAUAUUGGAGUACAUUUUUGCUUACUUGGGCUGUGGCACCCCUUAUUCAGGGUUUUGAAGAUGCUGGGGAUUUCACUGUAUCAGAAAGAUUGAAGACUAGUGUGCAUGUUAACUUGGUUUUCUAUCUAAUCGUGGGAUCCAUUGGUCUUUUCGGAAUUAUUCUUCUCAUUAUGAUGCACAGGACCUGGACUGGGAGUCUUAUGGGAUUUGCCAUGACUUGCUCAAAUACAUUUGGACUUGUUACUGGCGCAUUUCUUCUUGGCUUUGGUUUAAGUGAAAUUCCUAAAAGCAUUUGGAGAAACGCUGAUUGGGGCACCCGCCAGAAAGUUCUUUCCCACAAAAUUGCCCAAAUGGCUGUCAAACUUGAUGAAGCUCACCAAGAACUUUCAAAUGCUAUUGUUGUUGCCCAAGCAACUUCCAAGCAGAUGUCCAAGCGGGAUCCUUUGAGACCUUAUAUGAAUAUUAUUGACGAUAUGCUUACUCAAAUGUUUAGAGAAGAUCCGUCCUUCAAACCACAAGGUGGGCAAUUAGGGGAAAAUGAUAUGGAUUAUGAUACAGAUGAGAAGUCAAUGGCUAAACUAAGGCGUCAUCUUCGGAAUGCUCGUGAGGAGUAUUAUAGAUACAAAAGUGAGUAUAUAACUUAUGUACUGGAAGCCCUUGAGUUGGAAGAUACGAUAAAGAAUUAUGAACGCCGCAAGUCAACUGGAUGGGAAUAUAAUUCAAGCAUCAGAUCUGAUCGGACUGGCAAGUUGGGAUCCCUAUUUAAUACUUUGGAAUUUUUUUGGAAAUGCGUUUUAAGGAAACAAGUUGAGAAAGGCAUGGCUGUUUUACUUGGUAUCAUGUCUGUUGCAAUUCUUUUAGCAGAGGCAACUCUGCUGCCUAGCAUUGAUCUAUCGCUCUUCUCCAUUCUUAUAAGAUCCGUUCGAACACAGGAGCUGCUUGUGCAGGCAUUUGCUUUUGUUCCACUCAUGUACAUGUGCAUCUGUACAUACUACUCUUUGUUCAAAAUCGGAAUGUUGAUGUUUUACUCACUGACGCCCAGACAAACCAGCUCAGUUAACUUACUUAUGAUAUGCUCGAUGGUUGCCCGUUAUGCACCCCCUAUAUCAUACAACUUCCUCAAUCUCAUUCGCCUCGGUCCUAAUAAAGAAACUAUAUUUGAAAAGCGAAUGGGGAACAUUGACAACGCCGUCCCUUUAUUUGGGGACAAGUUUAACAAAAUUUAUCCGCUUAUUAUGGUUACAUACACCGUUUUGGUUGCAAGCAACUUCUUUGACAAAGUAUUUAAUUUUCUGGGGAGCUGGAAGAGAUAUAUUUUUAAAACUGAAGCGGAGGAUAUGGAUGGUUUGGAUCCAUCCGGAAUAAUUAUUUUACAAAAAGAGCGGUCUUGGCUAGAACAAGGGCGCAAAAUUGGGGAAGAGCAGGUUGUUCCACUUGCAAGGAAUUUCAACGGACUUGAUAUUGAAUCGGGUAACAACUAUGUGGAGAGGAACGGUGUUGAAAUGAAGACAACUUCCGAUUUAAUUACUGAAGAAGUGAACGGAGGUAUAUCCAAAACUAUGGAUGAAGAGACAAGGAGAUAUGGCUCAAGUAGAGAAGCCAUAAGCAGCAAGUACGCUGCAAUUAGAGGGCAGGGUGGGUCAUCAUCUAAAUUGAAGGCAGAAGAGAAAAAUGUAGCCUCUUAUUCUGGGCUUGAUGAAGGCAGUAGUAAUUCUAGAAAUUCAGCUGGAGCACCAUCUUCGGGUUUGGCUUCGACAUGGCAAACAAUGAAGACAGGCUUUCAGAGUUUCAAGUCCAACAUAGGGGCCAAAAAGUUUUUACCCCUACGGCAAACUCUGGAAAAUACAGUCUCUCGUGGGUCCUCGUCUGAGUCACUUGAUGAGAUAUUUCAAAGACUAAAACAGCCAUCUUUGAACCAAGUUACUUACAAUGACGAGGACUAAGAUGGAAGCCGAUGCUUGUUGUCCUUUUUGAUGAUAUUCAUCAUUUGGCAAGAGCAUACGGGUGUAAAGUGUUAUUGGAUUGACAAUGCAGGUCCAUAUUAUCUUGUACAGUGAUGGGAAAAUUUUAAAUGUUAGAAAACCAAUACUUAAUCACCCAUUACAACCUAAAGAUGAAAAGAUAGGCUACUACAGAAACUCAUAUACAUUACAAAUCAAUGUCACAUAGAAUCUAGCUGAUCCUUAGAAUUUAGAAACAAUACUUAAAAUUGAUUUUCCGCUGACUCUAUGGGAACUUGGUUCCAUAUAGCGUAGUUUUUCUUUCUUUUGUUUUGUUGUUAUACCUUUUUAGGUGCUUUAGCUUUGUAAAAAAAAAAAAAAAAAAAGACCAUGUUUUGCCUGGCUUGGAUUCAUAGAUUCAUUUUAAACGUUACUUUUCACCAAGUCAUCGCUGCUCAAAAACCUUUAUUAAAUUUGUAAUAUAUUUUCGGAUGAUAUUAAUUGUUAAGAAGUUAGAAGUA